AUGUCGUCGCUAAUAGCGAAGGCGGCUGCUGCAAUAGCAGACAGCCACGCAGCAGCAGCGGCUCUCGGCACGCUGGACGCUGAGUACGCAAGCGUUGCUGCCGCUGUUGCGGCAGACGCCGCGGCGGCUAUAGCGGUAGGCUCAGCCAUCAAGGCCGCUAGUGCAACGGUCCCGCACGUCGCUUUAAUGUCGUCGCUUAUAGCGAAGGCGGCUGCUGCAAUAGCAGACAGCCACGCAGCAGCAGCGGCUCCCGGCACGCUGGACGCUGAGUACGCAAGCGUUGCUGCCGCUGUUGCGGCAACAGCGGCUCGCAUGGCCACGGCGCACAUAGGGAGUGACAACGAGCGCGCGAAACGUCAUUACAUCGUCGCUAGCCCGCCGCGACUAGCAGCGAGCCCGCCGCGCGCUCGCGCACCGGACCCGGCGCUCUCGCGACGAGCGCGCAGCGGGCGCGCUGUCAAACGCAGUUUCAUUUCAGCGUUGCCUGUCGUUAAGCAAAGACGUUUCGAGAAGCUUUUUAAACAAUAG